CACCACGUGAGCUCAUGAUCUCGUUAGUGUGUGGGUCGCCAAAAGCGUCGCAAAAGUGAACAUGAGCGCAAACUCGGAGGCCGGUGAUCAUCUCGACGAAAUCUACGAUUGGAUCGAUCAAAUUAAGUUUUCCAGGCCCAAAAGAAACAUAGCCAGAGAUUUUUCCGAUGGAGUGUUGAUGGCAGAGCUAUUGAAACGCUAUUACCCUAAGUACGUAGACGUGCAUAAUUAUGUCGCUGGCAACAGCAUUGCGAAGAAGACUGACAAUUGGAGCACACUGAAUCGCAAAGUGCUGUCGAAAAUCGACAUGAGACUGGGGAAGGAGACGAUUAAUCAGCUGGCGAGUUCUCAACCAGGCGUCAUCGAGAAAGUCCUCACCGAUCUACGAGUCAAGAUCUUGAAGGACUCAGAAAGAGAUAAAGAGUUAUUAUACUUUAAUCACGAAGACAGUAAAGAUAAUAUAGAAACAAUAAAGUCAAUGCUAAAUCCUGACGAGUUAGCGAACAAGACGGUCCCUCGGCACAUUUUCACUCGUCUGAAGCAGGAGCUGCAGGAGAAAAAUGACACUAUCUCUACAUUGCAGCAGAAGAUCUCGCAUCUAGAAAGCAUAAUGAAGCUGAAGGACCAACGGAUCGACGACCUCACAUUGCAGAUCACAAAGCAGCCUGUUGAACGAAACGUUGCUAUGUCUCACAUUACCGAUAAUGGAAUCUCGAAACGUGUUUCCAAGUCAUAA